AUGCGGCCAUCCAGCGUCUUCCCCAACAAUGCUCGGCAGGAUGAACGGGCCGAGGCUGCACAGGAGGAUGACGAAGACGGCAUGAGUGCUGAGCAAUGGAUGGGCCAUGUUGCCGAUCUCCAAGCGGCCCAUUCAUCACACGUGGCCGGCAUGAUCUAUGGCCGCGGCAUCACCGACUGGCACCGAUUCCUAGGCUUUGUGUCCGCUGAUGAUGGGGGGUCCGAGACUGCUUUGGGACUCGCUCCAUUUUCACCCUGGCAGAAGGAAGCCGAACUCGGUCGCACGGAGCGUCGGUGGCGUCUGUCGAAUGCAGACAUGGAGACCGAGAUGCAGCGAAUGAUGGGCAACGGGGACCUACGGCUUCGAGGAGUACAGCGUCCGGCGUUGGAAGCCAUCCAACACGGCCACAGCCCGGUCCUGGCCGUGAUGUCGACAGGAGGAGGGAAGAGCAUGCUCUUCCUCCUACUUGCGUGGAUCACCCCCCGUGGGGCCACGCUUGGCAUCUCAUGCGUGGCAUGGGAGAGCCGUCGCCCAGCAGAUCACGCAUCCAUUGUGCUCGUGACGCCCGAAUCAGCCGUGCAAGAUGACUUCAUGGACUUCCUCGACCGCCUGCGGCUAUGCCUUCGUCUGGACCGGAUUGUCAUCGACGAAUGUCACAUGGUGUUGAGCGAUAAUCCCGAAUUCCGGCCCACGAUGGCGCAACUGGGGCGGUUGGUGGUCGCUCAGGCGCAGAUGGUGUACCUCACCGCGACGCUACCACUGGCCAGAGAAGACAAAUUCUUCGUUGUCUUGCAAACUUCGCGCGAGAAGGUGCACUACUUCCGAGCGCGUACCAAUCGGCUUAAUGUCGCCUACCGGUUGUGGCACCCAACGGAGCCGAUCCGCAACACCAACAGCUACGGCUGGGUAGAGGUCCCGGAGAUCGCGUGUUUCAUCAAAAAUCGAAUCGCGCGGGCACGUGCUGCUGCUGGAAGAGUGGUCAUUUAUGGCCCCACGCUGAACGUCGUCGACAAGCUGGCCGCGCUCGUCGGAUGCGAGGCCUAUCAUAGAAAAACCAUUGCGCCAGCAUCCACGAGCAGUAGAGGCUCAAAUCUCGCUCCGAGUGUGACGAUCAGCCGUCUACAAAGACGGUUGUGUGCGUCUCUCAGGUUAGGGUCUGCACCUUUUCGAGCAACUCCUGCAUGA